AUGCCAGAAAUGCAGCUGCGCAGCCUGGCCCUUGGGACAGCGACAGCUGGGGCUCUGAUCGCGCUGCGCUCCGCGGCGCUGAAGUGGGCAACGAGCAAAGGCGCUGCCACUGUUGGCCCCAGAUGGCUCGCCGUUUGGUUGGGCGUCCAGCUUGGUCGUGUUGCCAACCUUGCCGGGGUCGACUUCGAGACAAAUACCGCAGAGAAGUGGCAUCAUGAUCCACAGCAGCGCCUCGAUCCGGAUCGGCAGUAUCUCACCUGCUGGCAUCCUCAUGGUGCUCUGACUUUUUGCGCGGCCUUCUUCACGAGCAAGAUGGCGGCGCAAUCCACCACAGACGACUGCCCGGGGCCGCGCGGAUGGUUUGUUGGAAUUGCCACACUCCUUUUUCGCUUCCCCUUCGUCGGCGAGUACCUCACGUUGGUAAACGCCCGACCGGUGACGCAAUCGAUGUCGGACAAGGUCCUCCGGGGCGGCCGAAGUUUAGCCUUGCAGCCCGGCGGCAUCCCCGAGCAGGUCGGCACGGAUCACAGGAGAGAACAGCUAGUCUUCCCUCCCAACCUCGGCUUCUGCCGUCUUGCGCUGAAGCACGGGGUCCCGCUGCUUCCGAUCUACGUGUUCGGCGAGAAUCAGGUCUUUACCACCUACGAGUGGGGUCGACAGACCACUGCAAAGCUCUUCAACAGCUUCGGCGUGUGCGUGCCAUUGGUGAACCCCCUCCCGAAUCGGGUGACACUGCACAUGAUGUGGGGAGAGCCAGUCGAAGUGCCGGGGAAAGCCGACGAUCCCGAGGACAGCGAGGUUGAGCGAGUUUUUGCCAGGCGCAGCUUUGUGCGGCUGUCCUUGGCAGACAACUUUGUGGCCCAAGCCUUGCCUUGUGGACAGAGCCCGCAAAAGGGGGCGGUGUUCAGCAAUGAAUCUCAUCAGUAUGCGGCCAAGCCGCCCGAUUUCGCGAAGUCAGACGAGUACUACAUCCACCCCUCAUUGACAGCCCACGACCUUGAUGACACAAUGUCAGGGCCUGACGAAACAUGCAAUUGGAGGGCUCCUCUUGUACCCAUAUCUCCCACAUCGCAGCUCCGACAUCUGAUCGUAGUCGCCUGUGACAGUGGGGUGAUGGGCGGGGGGGGCGGGGUGGAGGUGGCGUGGUGGUUGGACCUCGCUGUCCGUAAGUUUUCGAUUUAUGACAGGCUGUGGUGUGUCUUUGAGUUGGCAGCAUACCGCAAAGUGAAUCCUCAGGGCAGGAUCAUCAUCUCGCCGUUGCUGAGUGAGGCAACUGUGUACUUGAUGUUUAUGUGGGUGCAGCUGGCGUCUGCUGCUUUUCUCAUGGUGCGAACCGGGCCGAAUGGGGGAGAUCCGAUGCGACUUCUGAUGUUGAUGGUCGGCUCCUUCCUCCUGCUGUUUCCUACAUUGCUGCAUGCAGGCAGGCAGAAGCACCGGGCUGACAAGAUGUUACAGGCACAGCUUGGCUGCUUCGAUGUGACAAAUGUCGAAUGCUCGAACGAGUUCGACAAGCAGUGCAUCCACGAAGCCAUCAUCUCGUGGUAUGGAAGUUUAGAUGCCUUUUCAAAUCACAUCCGGGGGCCAUUUCGCCUAGAAGUCGUUGAAUUACUGCGCGCCCAGGGUAGCCUCUCCCCGCAGUACAUCUACAUCGCUACACUCCCGAUUUUUUGCCUGUCGCUCGAGGGUGUCCUGGCACUGUCGAAGGCCGGUGCUCCCUGGGAGUCGAUCUUUGCAUUCUUCGUUGCGCAUGUGCUUGGCCUGGAUGUGCUUUGGCUCCCUGCUGUCGCAAAUUUCGGCGCCUAUAUGACCAAGCGUGGCUUGCGAGUGUGUGGUCGCAGGAUGAUGCCUUACUCGCUUGAGUUUACGAUAGUAUUCUUGCUUUCUUCCGUUCUCUUCGUGGCUGGUGGCUUCUGCACCGUCGUCGUGAGUGCUCGGAGUUUGACAACAGUCCUUGUAUGGCUACUUGUAGCCCUUGUCUUUGCCGUCGCCUGUUGGAAGUUCUGUUGGCUGUCCUUGGCAGACCACUUUGUGGCCCAAGCCCUGCCUUGCGGACAGAGCCCAGCAAAAGGGGGCGGCAUGGCGGUGUUCAGCAAUGAAUCUCAUCAGUAUGCGGCCAAGCCGCCCGAUGUCGCGAAGUCAGACGAGUACUACAUCCACCCCUCAUUGACAGACCACGACAUCACAGACAGCACUUUGAUGCGAGGGAUUUCCCUGCGCAAAACACUCCGCCGAGGAGGCAGUCUCUGGUUGCGUGACCCAUCCGCUCUGACCAGUUCAGAAAGGUUGAAGUUGUACAAUGCAUCGAGGCAGACGUCAAGCUAUGAUAAGUUCUUGUCGCACACGUGGCACACAUCCGGAAGAUGGAAGCUCCUCGCACUGAUGAUGCACACAGGCUGGCAUGCCUUCUUGCUUUCUUGGGCAGUUGGGGUAGCACUUGCAUUCGCGCUCGUGUUGCUGGAUGUGCUGCCGCAAACAACAGUGUGGGAAGCCCAUGCGGUCGGCUUCGACGGCAUGAUUCCGUAUGGCUUCUGGGUCUCUGUCGUGUCAGUUCCUACAGCAAUUGGAGGGCUCCUCUUGUACCCAUAUCUCCCACAUCGCAGCUCCGACAUCUGUUUCUUGGACUACGUCUGCGUAGACCAGACAGACACAGUCAGGAUGGAGCAAGGCAUCAGAUCUAUCGGAGCCUUCUUGGCAUCAUCUUCGGAGCUGCGAGUGCUGUGGAGCGCCCCAUACCUUCAGAGGCUGUGGUGUGUCUUUGAGUUGGCAGCAUACCGCAAAGUGAAUCCUCAGGGCAGGAUCAUCAUCUCGCCGUUGCUGAGUGAGGCAACUGUGUACUUGAUGUUUAUGUGGGUGCAGCUGGCGUCUGCUGCUUUUCUCAUGGUACGAACCGGGCCGAAUGGGGGCGAUCCGAUGCGACUUCUGAUGUUGAUGGUCGGCUCCUUCCUGCUGCUGUUUCCUACAUUGCUGCAUGCAGGCAGGCAGAAGCACCGGGCUGACAAGAUGUUACAGGCACAGCUUGGCUGCUUCGAUGUGACAAAUGUCGAAUGCUCGAACGAGUUCGACAAGCAGUGCAUCCACGAAGCCAUCAUCUCGUGGUAUGGAAGUUUAGAUGCCUUUUCAAAUCACAUCCGGGGGCCAUUUCGCCUAGAAGUCGUUGAAUUACUGCGCGCCCAGGGUAGCCUCUCCCCGCAGUACAUCUACAUCGCUACACUCCCGAUUUUUUGCCUGUCGCUCGAGGGUGUCCUGGCACUGUCGAAGGCCGGUGCUCCCUGGGAGUCGAUCUUUGCAUUCUUCGUUGCGCAUGUGCUUGGCCUGGAUGUGCUUUGGCUCCCUGCUGUCGCAAAUUUCGGCGCCUAUAUGACCAAGCGUGGCUUGCGAGUGUGUGGUCGCAGGAUGAUGCCUUACUCGCUUGAGUUUACGAUAGUAUUCUUGCUUUCUUCCGUUCUCUUCGUGGCUGGUGGCUUCUGCACCGUCGUCGUGAGUGCUCGGAGUUUGACAACAGUCCUUGUAUGGCUACUUGUAGCCCUUGUCUUUGCCGUCGGCUGUUGGAAGUUCUGUUGGCGCCUUUGA